UGCAAGGACGUUAAAAGUUUGUGGUAGUUAAUGGAGGGAAUACGGACUCUGUAUACCCGGGUGGAACCGGGGGGCGUGCAUAUGCGGAUUCUUGUGAUUCUCGUUGCCAUGACAACGCUUGGACGGGGCUUUGUGGAGACCGAGGAAUUUAUUAGCGAUCUGGAUAUGCCUAUCCCCACAGCCCACGUGGCUGGUGUGCUGGGGAAGAAAGCUGCUCUGCCGUGCGAUACGCAGCCGCUGUCUGGAGAUGACAAGGUGGCCAUGGUGCUAUGGUUCAAGGAGGCUGACUGGGAACCACUUUAUAGCUACGACGUCAGAGGCCGCAUAGCCACUCAGCCCAAGCUUUGGUCGUCCCCCACGGGCUUCGGCACCCGGGCCUACUUCCGCGCUACGGCUGCGCCGGCGACGCUGCUCAUCGACAGCGUCAGCACCGCCGACGCCGGUGUCUACCGCUGCAGGGUCGACUUCAAGAACUCACCUACUAGGAACCUAAGGAUCAAUUUCACAGUCAUAACCCCACCGGAUCGACCCAUCAUAAUGGAUGCCAGGACGAGGGACCAGACGCGUCUCUUGGAGCCUUACGAUGAGGGAGACACUCUGGAGCUGCUCUGUGAAGUAUACGGUGGUGACCCGCGACCAACUGUGAUCUGGUAUUUGGAGAAUACGGUUAUCGACGACUCCUUCGAGCGAGGAUCCAAUGGAGUGACUGUGAACACGCUAAAGUUCCCCAGCAUUGGUCGACAGCAUCUGAACGCGCGGCUCAUAUGCCAGGCUACGAAUACCAAUCUGGCCCAGCCACUCACGAAGCUCCUGAUAUUGGAUAUCAACCUAAGACCACUUACGGUUCAGAUUGUCAAUAAAAACCGGCAGCUAUCAGCUGACAGAAGCUACGAGGUGGAGUGUAGGGCCACAGGGUCCAGGCCAGAGGCCCAAAUCACGUGGCUGAAAGGAACGAAGCCAUUGAGACGAAAAGCGAAAACUUUUUCGGACACCAACUCUACGACCAGUGUGCUGAACUUCAUCCCUGAAGCUGAGGACCACGAGGGCCAGCUUCUGUGCCGGGCCGAAAACCCCAGAAUACCUGACUCAGUCAUUGAAGAUUCUUGGAAACUGAAUGUACAUUAUGUUCCUAUACUGACCCUCAAAAUGGGAUCUAAUUUGAAUUCGAACCACAUAAAAGAAGGCGAUGACGUUUACUUCGAGUGCAGCGUCCAGGCCAACCCUGCUGCAACUAAACUGACAUGGUAUAAAGGGUCGAAGGAGAUACACCAGAACUCGAGUGCCGGUGUGUUGAUCAGCGAUCUGACCCUAGUUCUCCGCAACGUGACUAGAAAGGCUGCAGGGGAUUACAGCUGCCUCGCACAGAAUAGCGAAGGUGCCGCAUCCUCUAAUGCACUUACGCUGCAAGUUCGGUAUGUGCCCCAAUGCAGGUCGGAAGAAGAUGCUCAAGUACACGGCGCGAUGAAGGAUAGUACGUUAGAAUUUACAUGUGACAUCGACUCAAACCCCGAGCCAUCGAGCUUCGAAUGGAUUUUGAAUCGAUCCGGCGAAGACAUUGUUUUGCCACCCAGCUCAUUCGAGACGUCAGGUCACAAGUCGGUGCUGAAGUUUACUCCGUCUGAGGAUAGAGAUUUCGGCGAACUAUCUUGUUAUGCCUCGAACUCUGUGGGCAAACAAGAAACACCGUGCGUUUAUAAACUUGUGGCGGCAGGCUCGCCGUCUUCAUUAAGAAAUUGUACGGUGAACCAAAGUGAUGAGGGUUUAGUAGUAGACUGCCUCGAGGGCUACGACGGAGGCCUCCCUCAAAGGUUCCUCAUGGAAGUUAUUGAAUUACCCUCAAUGAUUGUUCGAGCUAACAUCUCCUCUAACUCUACCCCAAGUUUCGCACUUCAAGCUCUCGAUGCUGGCUUCAGCUAUUUGCUCAACAUAUACGCGGCCAACGCUAAAGGGCGGAGUGAAGAAACAACCCUCUCUACAGCUGCUAUUAGACCACCAGAUAAAUAUACAGGUAUAGUUGGGCCGUUCUCUCUGUCUCCGAUGAUAGCGUCUCUCCUGGCGACCAUCGCGCUGCUCAGCGCAUCAGUCUGCGCGAUCAUCGCGGCGGUGUACCGACGACACUUCGCCAGGAACAACCGGAAACAACCGCCUUCUACUAACGUUCUGUAUCUGGAAGACAGUAUGGAGUCAUUUACGAAAAGGGACAUGAACACUUAUACCGCUUCGCCGAAAGUCGACUAUAGUGGACAAUUUGAGCUGAAAAUGGACGCCGAAAUGGAGGAAGAUCCGGACAUUAUACCUGUGCGAUACGACAAAAAAGUCGAUGAGGUGUAUUCACACACGAGGGCAGAGGGUGAUACAAUAAGAAUGUACAACGAGAUGACAACAACACCUAAUAGAGAAAGCACGCCGUUCGUGAACCGCGGCGUGACAGCGCGGAGUGCCGACAUCGCGGCCGCGCGCCCGCUCGAGGUCGUCACCGCUGCGAGACAGGUGCGCGAGAGUUGUAUAUAGAUGGUAUGUCAAGUGUUAAAACCUGCAACACACCUAACGAUUU